AUGGAGAUAAAUCCACUGUGUUGUACUUCAUGUAUUUCUAUUUGCUUUGUAGUUGUAUUAGUAGUAGCUAAUUUUGGAAUAAUGAUGCAAGGAACAAACAAGUUUAGUAUCAUUGAUAGAAGAGUUAAAGCUAGCGUCAAGUAUUUUGAUGUUCCGGCGAUUAAAAAUAAGGCAUGUCCUAAUGGUAUUGAUGCUGUUUGGUUAUGGGUUAAUGGAAGUGAUCCUGUUUUCCGUAAGGCUCUUGAAGAAAAUGGAAGAAAAGGAGGUGCAGGAAGGUAUCGAGAUUACAAUACAUUACAAUACUCUAUACGUUCUGUAUAUAAUUUUGCACCAUAUAUUAAGAAUUAUUAUAUUGUUACAAUGGGACAAAUUCCUGAUUUCUUAAAUACUUCAUCACUUACUUUUAGAGACUACAAAUUACGAAUAGUUGAUCAUAAAGAAAUAUUCCCUAAUAAUAAAGAUUUGCCAGUAUUUAACUCAAAUGCACUAGAAGUAUCAAUUCACAAUAUCAAAAACUUAUCAUCAUGUUUUCUUUAUUUAAAUGAUGAUAUGUUAUUAGGUAAAAAACUAAAACCAGAACAUUUCUGCAGAAAAGAUGGAAAAAUUAAUAUUUAUCAUAAUGGAUGGAAUGCUCCAGAAGAAGAAAAAAUGAAACAAAAUUUAUGGCAUAAAAGUGUUGGAACAUCAAAUCAAUUGGUCAAUGAUAAAUUUCACAAUGGAGAAGUUGUUAAACAUCCAUAUGUUAGUCAUCAUUGUUAUUUCUUCAAAACUGAUACAUUAAAAGAAAUGGAAGAGAAGUGGCAAAAUCAGUAUAAACAAACACGAACUCACAAAUUUAGACUUGGAAAUGACUUAGCAAUUCCAUUUUUACAUGGGGCAUACUCAGUUGAAAGUAACAAAGGUGUUUAUGUAAGAGAGAAGUGGUACUAUUAUGGUCUUGUUGAUAAUAAUAGAACAAACAACCUCAAAAUUAUUAAUGGAAUUAAGAAAAAGAAACCACAAUGUAUUUGUUUAAAUGAUGGUUUGGAUGAGAAAGAUGAAACUAAUAUGGGCAGUGCUAUUGAUAGAAUGACAUUAUUUUUAGAAACAUUAAUUCCAAACCCAUCCCCAUUCGAAAAGUUAUACGGAAAUUAA